CACACCCGCCAUUUCAAGGAUAUGCUGUACAAGAGAGAAGUUACUGCAAGACCAGAUAAUUUUGUGUAAGCCUGGAGAAAGAUUCGUAAAACGAAGUUUCUUGUUGGAACUAACCGAUUGCGUGUGUGUUCCUGGAGAACGAAAACAUUACUUAAAUUCUCCUUACUGGAGAGCCUUUCUUCGAAGAUUGAAUGCGGAGCUGAGGUAAACCAUGACGCAGUUUCUUCCCCCCAACCUGCUGGCAUUGUUUGCCCCCCGAGACCCCAUCCCCUUUCUGCCUCAGUUGGAGAAGCUUCCCCAUGAGAAACGCCACAAUCAGCCAUACUGUGGCAUUGCACCAUUCAUCCAACACUUCGAGGACCCCAGAGAUGCGCCGCCACCCACCAGAGCCGAAACCAGAGAUGAGCGGUUGGAGAGAAAGCGACGGGAGAAAAUCGAAAGACGGCAGACGGUCAUGGAGGAAGAGCUGAAGUUGUGGGAUCCUCACAAUGAUCCAAAUGCACAAGGCGAUGCCUUCAAGACGCUGUUUGUGGCUCGAGUUAACUACGAUACUACAGAAUCCAAACUUAGAAGGGAAUUUGAAGUCUACGGGCCCAUCAAACGAAUUUACAUAGUGUACAACAAGAGGACGGGGAAGCCCCGUGGCUACGCCUUCAUCGAGUACGAGCACGAGAGGGACAUGCACUCUGCCUACAAGCAUGCGGACGGCAAGAAGAUAGACGGGAGAAGAGUGCUGGUGGACGUGGAGAGGGGUCGCACGGUGAAGGGGUGGCAUCCACGUAGGCUUGGUGGUGGCCUGGGUGGGACCCGAAGGGGAGGGGCAGACGUCAACAUUAAGCACUCUGGCAGGGACGACACGUCUCGCUACGAUGACAGACCGAUUGGUGGAGGCGGCGGUGAUCGGGACCGCGGCGAGCGUGAUCGGCGAGAGAGGAGCCGGGAGCGUGAACGCGGCGACAAGGGUGAGCGCGGUGAACGCCGCCGCUCCCGUUCAAGAGAAAGACGCAGGCGCUCCCGUUCCCGGGAGAGAGAGAGGGGCGGAGCAGCAGCAGGAGGAGGGGCACCAGAGGAGGGUAGGGGCCGUAGGGACAGGGAGCGGGAGCGCGGAGGAGGCGCGGGGGUACCCGGCGGGCCAGAAGGGCGCAGCAGAGAACGCAGCCGCGACCGCGAUCGCAAGAGGAGGAGCAGAAGCAGGGACAGGAAGAGGGACCGAGAGAGAGGGAAGGGAGCGGAGGGAGGCGAAGAGGGCCCCGGCAUGGAUGGCAUGAUGGGAGAAGGAGGAGACCGGAGCAUGGAUGAGAUGGCAGGAGGAGACAUGGGCCACGGAGAGGAACCAGGCAUGGAGGGGGAGGAGAGGGAGGAGAGGGAGGAGAGGGGAGGAGGCAGAGACAGGGAUCGGGACAGGGACAGAGACCGGGACCGCGACAGACGGCGCAGCCACCGCGACAAGGACCGGGACCGAGACCGCGGCGAGAGGAGGAGGGACCGCGAUCGCGACCGCGAGCACAAGAGGGACAGGGGCGACCGGGAGCGGGGAGACCGCCGAGAGGAGCGCCACUCCAUGCUGCACCCCUCCAGCGACAUGGAUGACAUGGGCAACGGGGGCGAGGAGAGGGAGAGGGAGAGGGGAGAGGGCAUGCCACCCCAGUCUGAAGAGGGCUCGCAGGACGGCAUGAGGAUGAUGAUGAUGGACCAGGAGUCCAUGCAGUCGGGAGAAGGCUACGGCUCUAACGAGAACGGAUACAAGAUGGAGGCACAAGCCGACGAGUACUGAUCCAAAAACAACCCUGUCUGAAAUCCUACUGAGACAUUCAUUCAUUCAUUCAUUCAUUCAUUUAUUUACAUUGGCUUCUGGUUUUGUUGCAGUUGUCCUUUUGGCAUGUUGGUUUGAGGCAAAGCCUCCCACACUCAACAAACACAAAUGGUCUUCAGUGUCCUUGUGCUUACCUGAUGUGUGCCCACUCAUGCAUAGUAAUAGAAAGCUGUGAUGUAAUAAAGCUACUGUGUACCAAAAUGGGUGAGUUGAGUCCAGCCCGGUGUCUCAGGACUUGGAUCAUCAAUAGGAACUUCAUGCAUAUGAACAUGUUCGCUCACGUCUGCUUUUAAAGCUUUGGUCAGUCCAACAAAGGUCCUCCUCCCUCCUUCAUCUCUCAUGAAUUCACUUCAACACACACCCUUGUCUGUGACGACUGUAGUGCUUUAUGCGGAAUAUUGGGACACUUUGCUGUAGCACCGAAUUUUUUAUUUAUUUUUUUUCUUUUUUUUUUUCCCCCUGAGAUGCCAAGCUUCCAUGCUUGCUUUGUCGUCCGUUUUUUGAAAACAAAUGUUUUGGGUUUUUUUGGCAACAGAAAAAGUCUCCCCACACCAGCUCUUUACUUCAGCACGAAGGCAAAUUGACCAGUAACACCAUCCUCCAUUAUGGAAGUUAUGAACACCCCCUACAGUUUGUUUUUAAUCUGAAGAGAAUGUUCCCACAGGCUCACUAUCAUUUUUUGUUUGUAAUUAUUAUGUUAAUUCUAAUUGUUUCGAGAAAGCCCUUGUGAACCGCUCCUUUGGAGUCAUUUGAUUCUGUUCUGCAUCUACAUUCUCUUUUAAUAAAAUACCUUUUUUACUUAA